AUGUCGUUGAAGAGGUUGUUGAAAGAGAAGAGACUGAUUGAGAAGGAGUUGAGUGGGUAUUCUGAAAGUAUCGAGUUGUUAGAACCUGUUGCUUUCGAGAAUUUUCUGAAAUGGAGGGCGGUAUUGAAAGGUCCUGUGAAUACUCCUUAUCACAAACAUUCGUUCAAGUUAUUGAUCGAGUUACCAUCAGAGUAUCCUCUAGUGCCUCCUGCCAUCACGUUUGAGCCUUAUUCAAUGCCGCAUUGCAAUGUGGAGUUUAGUACGGGCAAAAUAUGUCUGAAUAUCUUGGAACAUGAACAUUGGUCCCCGGUUUGGAACCUUAUGUAUGUGAUGGUUGCAUUGUACCAAUUACUACAAGAACCAGUUGUCGACAGUCCAUUGAAUAUUGACUUGGCUAAUAUAUUGAGAGCCGGUGACACAAGUGCAUACCACGGUCUGAUUAACUAUUAUCUUCAAGAAGAUACGGCAACACACUAA